AUGAACGAAGAAGACGAUGAACAUGACCAUGUUGAAGGUUUACCGACCGCGACGUUUGCAAUGGUAGCAGGAAUUUGUAGCUCACUAUUUGGUUUAUUUGCAGCCUUAACAAACGGCUUUCUUCUAUUUACAGUAUUCAAAGAUCCGUACAAUUAUUUUCGAGCUCGCGCGACCACGUACUUUAUCCUUAGUCUUUCUUUCAUUGAUCUUCUAAAAGGCUGUCUUGUGCAGCCAAUGUAUGCUGCGUCUAUGUUUACCAUCUCUACCGGAGGCCAACCGCAGAAACUUUAUGAAAUCGCUCUUAUUUUCAGCCAUGUAACCACAAAGAUAUCAAUUCUUACAGUAGUUGCGCUAUCGCUGGAUAGAUUUUUAGCUGUCAAGCUUCCAUUGAGGUAUAAAAGACUUAAAUAA